AUGUUCAGAUCUGUAUUACGUACCAACGCUUCUCUAUCUUUUAAAAGAGCCAUUCCAAUGGCUAGCAGACAAUAUCCUACCAGAUUUGUUAUUGCUACUCGUCUAUAUAGUGAAACUGCUAAUAAAUUAACUCCUAAUGCGAUUCAGAACAGAGUCUCAGACGUUAUCAAGGCCUUUAGCAAAAGUAAUGCUGGUGCCAAUAUCGCAGCUGAAACAUCAUUCCAUAAGGAUCUUGGUCUAGAUUCUUUAGACACCGUUGAACUUUUGGUGGCUGUAGAAGAAGAAUUUGACAUUGAAAUACCUGACAAGGUUGCUGAUGAAUUGAAGACUGUUGGUGAAACAGUGAAAUACAUUGCAUCAAACCCUGAAUCUCUUUAA